CUAAAGUUCGAUCGCAACCAAGAUCAGAUGCAUGUUUUUAGCCUCUCUGUCUGUCACUGUGUGUGUGUGCAUACAUAUGGUGCAUUGACCAUUCACGUGGGCACAGGAAACAAAAGUGCUGGACUAUGCUGGCUGCACAUCACCGUAGAUAUCUGCAACCGUUAUGCAAGGGCUCUUCCACUGCCUGACCCCCUGACGGACGGACAUGUCAAUGGUUGACUGGCCCAUGGACGAGCAGAAAAGCACUCACUUCACCCACUUCAAGAUGAGCAGUCUUCCUUCAUUCACAACAGACACAACAACACACACCCAUCACCCAUCCACGCGCUGGUAUACACGACUCGGCCGGUUUCCUCGCUAGUACACACAAGGGAAGGCAUACAUAAAGGCACCACGUCGGCAGACGGGCAAAGAGGAAAAACCCGUGGCCUCUGUAUGUCCAACUGUCUGUCUGUCUGUCUGUCUGUGUCUGUCUCACUCUCCGAAAAGAAAACGACAAUUGACAAUCUGUGCAAUGACUGGCGGCGAGGUCCUCAAGCACACCACCAUGUAUCUACCUCUUCCUCCCCCGCCACACCACGUCCCCCAGCUGCUGCCCUAGCAGUCUCAUCACGACAGUGUGCGUGUGGCAGUGAGGGGCCGACUCGGUCAUGUACAAGUCAACAUACCGGCAAUCCCCCCAAUCACUGCCAUGUUCCCCUCGCCCAUCGCCGCACUCUCCAGCACCAGAAGAGCCGCCAAUGUCGAACACAGCCGCCCCCGCCCCCCACCGUGCCUCAUCGCUGGGCGGGGCUGCCAGCAGUGCAUCCACACCGACAUGCAGCAGAGUCGCGACGGAAAGACAUCCAGGACCUGACCCGACGGAUGUGGCCGCCGCGCCAAACCCAGUAGAACACCAUGAACGAUGUGUAGUUGGGGGUACGUCCAGUCUCUCAGCUGAGUGGGCGGUGGGCGUGGUCGAAUGGUGCAUGAGGGAAGAGGGAGGUGGGCGUGGUGAAAAGGGUGGUGGAGGAGGAGCUUGUCGCCAUCCAUCAGUCGCAUCUGUUGGUCUCCCACAGUGAGCCCCCAGCUGAGGAUCGUCCACUGCCGGACCGCCUCCUUCUCAUACAUGAAGGCCGCCCGAUCGCCGAAGACGCCGAAGGUGCCAUCACACUCAGCACCAGCGGCCUCCUGCCUCUCGGCAAAUACAGCAUCUCGAGCACAAGCUUCCGUCUGGCCCACCUGCCGCCCACCUCCAGCAUGAACAGUCAGCGGCUGAGCUGUUCGAUGAGCAUCCUCGUCGGUGUCGAUAAGGCGGAAGUAGGCCACGUGUGAGUAGCUCGUCACGUGGUGGGCAAUUCUCGGCAUCAUGACGCCCAACACAUCUCGAAGGCUGGCGCCCUCGUGCUGCUGCUGCUGCUGCUGUUGAUUGACGGACGAUACAUUGCGGGCACCUGCAACUCAAUCAACACACAGACGGCUGUGUGUCAGCCUAGAUUGUGCUUUUCACAGUGAAAGUGCUGGUCACCAUUGGCAGAAGACGCGGCUGAUGGUGCUGAUUGCGCGUCAGUAGAGGCACCAACUCCUUCAGCAGCAGUGCCCGACAUCUGCGCGUUCUCAGACAGACAGACGCCUCGUCACUCUGUGAACAUCUGCUUGUCAGUCAUGCUGGGACAGACAAUCCAGGAACGCCGCACACCACCAACACGCACACGCACGACACAAACAUACAUACAUACAUACACGUGAUUGUGUCCACGCUUCAGUGGCAAGUAAUGAGCGUCGAUGGUUGUGUAUUAAGCAAGCGGCUGGGCCACAAUUGCCAUCACUCUCGAAUCCACAGUGAAGCGAAACCCUAAUCAGCCCUUCUGUCCAGUUUUGCCCACACCAAGAGAGCGCAACAAGCGGAUGUUGGGUGGCAAGUAAUGAGCUGGCGUCCCCGUGUGCCUCCUCAUAGCGUCGCUUCCAGUCAUCCCUCUCCCUCUCUCAUUGAUCUCUUUCAGCGUUGUAGUCGUCCCUCUGCCGUCUGAUCUCCUCCAGAAGCGCCGCGUGCGCCAUCUGCUAGUCUCCCAUCUGCUUCUGCACCAUCUCCAUCAUGUAAGCAAAGUGGAAACGCUCGACUGCGCGUCGGAUAGCGCGUCGUCGUCGGUGCUCAUGGUCAGCAGCUCGAUCGCUGAUCAGGGAUCAGCUUGAUCGCUGAAUAAGCCGCAGCUGAGUGUUUGGUGACGGCAUGCCCGUCUGCCCGUGUGUAUCGUCUCCCUCACGCCCACCUUGCCGUCACUGCAUACACACACACUGAGGCACACACACAGAGGCGACGUAUGUCUGACAUUCAUUCAUUCCUGUCAUCCUGCUGACCUUGCAGCACUCGCUGAGCGCCCGAUGACAACCGUUGCAGCUCAAACAAGCAAGCAAGCAAACACACCCAUGAUGACGAACCUCAGCCAAUUGCGAUCACAUCUGUCAGCCUGCUCUGGCCGAUUUCUCUGUCUCUGAUCUCACCUCUCUCCUCAAGCUAAGCUAAGCCCAUUCCUCGUUUGGUCAAGCCACCCUCAGCCAAGCUUGCAGCGCUGAUGCAGUUGUCUGGCCAGGUGAUUCACGACAAAAAAGCCUCCACUUGACAUCAGCUACUGCGAGCAUCGGAUCUCCUGUGUACCUGCCUGGUGCGUGCAGAAGCCCCUCACUCACCGACAGACAUC